AAUAUAGCAUCUCUGAAGCCUCUAAAAUUCAAACCAAACAAUCAAAUCAUUAAUCCCUUCACAAAACGCCUUUCUUCCGUUUCCUCAAUCAACAACGCACACAUGACACAUUUCAUUUAAAGGAUCUUCAUCUGCAUCUUCUUCAUUUAAAGGCCAUCUCUGUAACUCUGCUGCAGCAACCCUGCGACGAAGACACUGCUGAAAAUCCUGUUAACCUUGCGAUAAAACCAAAAUAGACCCUGAAGAAAACCUGUUGACCCCGCCCCCUUCAAAACCCGGCGAUAAAGACAAUCUGUUAGACUCCCACGUUGACCCUUCGGAAAACCAUCAACUGAAAUUGAUGUUGAAAACAGAUAAGGAACGACGGUGGAUUUCAUCGCCGGGGGAAGGGUAGGUGGGUUGUGUGGUUCUGAUUCUCUCUCUCAUAAACCAAACCAGAAGGAUGUGGGGUUGAGAGGGAGUUUGGGUGGAUGAAUGGUGAGUUGCAGAGAGGAGAGAAAUCAUUGAUGGAGAGAGGGGAAAGUGGAGGAAUUGAUUGUAGCGGAAGAGGGAAAAGGAGAAGGUCUCCGGUGGAGGGAGGAGGGAGGAGGAAAUGCUCAGGUAGGCGGUGGCUGCCGGACCGACGUAAAACAAAACCCAAGCCCAGUCCUUGUCCUUCAGCAUACAGUCGACCGGUUGAAUAGAAAGCAAGUUAAUUUAUUUAAAAGUGUGGUUUUGGAGAAGAAAUGGGUUCAAGUUCAAGAAAUGAGGCUGAAACUGUAAAUCUAAUAAUAGUUGGGCUUCUUCUUAUUGGGCUUUCUACUUUGAUUUACUGCUCAUCAACUUUGGGGGAUACAAAUACAAAAGGAGAUAAAACAAGUACAAACGCAUUGCUUCUUGUAAACACUUCACAAGAUGAAGGAUCCACAAGGAAAAUACCACAAAGCCUUUUUGGUGUUUCCUUUGAGGAGAUUAACCAUGCUGGUGUAGGUGGGUUGUGGGGAGAGUUAGUAAGCAACAGAGGUUUUGAAUCUGGUGGAAGACAUUCUCCUUCAAUUAUUGACCCGUGGUCAACCAUUGGGAAUUAUUCAUUGGUGAAAGUAUCAACAGACCUUUCUUCAUGUUUCAACAGAAAUCCUGUUGCAUUGAGGAUGGAGGUGGUUUGUGACACCAGUUCUUGUCCAGCUGGAGGGGUUGGUGUAUAUAAUCCUGGAUACUGGGGGAUGAAUAUUGAAAAAGGGAAGACGUACAAGUUCGUUGUAUAUAUUCGUUCAUUAAAUCCAAUAAAUGUAACUGUGUCAUUGACCGACUCAACUGGAAUGCAAACACUGGCUACUGCAAAUACCAUAGCCAAUGAUGUUUCAAAUUGGAAAAAGAUGGAAGUUGUGUUAGAAGCAAAAGUGACAAAUCAUAAUUCAAGACUACAGUUGACAACUAACAGAAAAGGAGUCAUAUGGUUUGAUCAAGUUUCUCUUAUGCCCAUGGAUACAUACAAGGGGCAUGGUUACAGAAAUGAUCUUUUUAAGAUGGUUGCAGAUUUGAAGCCAGGGUUUAUCAGGUUUCCUGGUGGAAGCUAUGUUGAAGGAAACUUUUUAAGAAAUGCAUAUUGGUGGAAGGAUACUGUUGGACCUUGGGAAGAAAGAUCUGGACAUUUUAAUGACAUAUGGUCUUACUGGAAUGAUGAUGGACUUGGCUACUUUGAAUUUCUCCAGCUGGCAGAAGACUUGGGUGCAUCACCAAUAUGGGUAUUGAACAGUGGAUUCAGCCACCAAGAGGCAAUCGAUACCUCCAACAUUACACCUUUUGUACAGGAUGCUCUUGAUGGAAUUGAGUUUGCUAGAGGUGAUUCGAAUUCAACAUGGGGAUCUAUUCGAGCUGAUAUGGGACACAUAGAACCAUUUAAUUUGAAACAUGUUGCAAUUGGGAAUCAAGAUUGUCAAAUGCCACAUUAUCGUGCAAAUUACCUCAAGUUCUAUGAUGCUAUAAAGAAAGCUUAUCCAGGCAUCAAAGUGAUCUCUAAUUGUGAUGGAUCAAGCACACAAUUAGACCACCCUGCAGAUAUGUAUGAUUAUCAUGUCUAUGUAAAUGCGAGAACGAUGUUUUCUAUGGCUCAUAAGUUUGAUCUAACAUCACGAAUUGGUCCAAAGGCAUUUGUAAGUGAGUAUGCUGUGGUAAAUGAUGGUGGUUCAGGAAAUCUUUUAGCAGCACUUGCAGAAGCUGGAUUUCUUAUUGGCAUAGAGAAGAAUAGUGAUAUUGUUGAUAUGGCAAGCAAUGCACCUUUGUUUCUGAAUGCCAAUAACAAGGGGUUUGUGCCAGAUGCAAUAGUGUUUGAUUCUUAUCGGGCUUAUGGAACACCAAGUUACUGGAUGCAACGGUUUUUCUCAGUGUCAAAUGGUGCAACUCUGCUUCAUUCAGACCUCCAAAGCAAUUCAUCAGAAUCACUUAUGGCAUCCACUAUUUUGUAUCAGAACCCAGUGGAUAAGAACAACUAUAUAAGAGUAAAGGUUUUAAACUAUGGGAGUAACCAAGUGAACAUGAAGAUAGCAAUUAAAGGGUUAGAUCCUGGCUUAAUAGACUAUUCAAAGUCAUCAAAAGCCGUGUUAUCCUCCACUAAUGUUAUGGAUGAGAAUUCUUUCCAAAAUCCAACCAAGGUUUCAGUGGUUCAAAGCUUAAUCAAGAAAUGUAGGAAUGAUAUGAAUGUGGUACUCCAGCCAAAUUCUUUGUCUUCUUUUGAUUUGUUAAUAUUGUCAAAGGAUAUUGUACAGAUUAUUACAAUGAAUGAUAUGUCAUAUGUAUCAUUAUCAAAGGUCUAAUGUAAUUAUGAAAAGCAUAAUGACUAUAAAUAAAAUAACUUUUUCUUUAA